AUGACGACGGAUGUUAUUGGAUAUGUUACUGAUGUCCUUCAAAAUCUUCAUGAUGGAAAUACAGAGUAUUGCUUGAAUUUACAAUAUCAAGGCCAACAAAAUGAAAAUACAGUAAAGUUGGACUGUGUAUUAAGAAAACUAUUAGAGCGUCACCUACAACUUGAAAAACAAGUCGCUCAAUAUCAAGCAUUUCUCAGCGAGUCUGAUUCAAUUGUGAUCAUAAACGGCGGAAAUCCCUCUUUACCUAUCACUCCAAAUGAAUGUUUAGAAGUGCAAAAUCUUAUUAAUGGCGACAAUUAUCCCAACACUGUUCAGUUGGUCGCUCCUUCAGAUGAUUUCAACAAAUCUUCUUCUAUACAUGCUUAUGUCAAUGAUUCUACAAAUAAACCUACCAGUGAUUAUAUAAGUCAGGAAAGUCCUCCUUCAACACCACCUGCUUUGGUUCACGAUGACCGUGUUUGUUUAGAAUGUCUUAACCAAUGUACCACUGUUGCCACAGCCGUCACUUCUGGAGAUUUCAAAAAAAGAGUUACUUGUCCUUAUUCAUCAGGUCCAAUGCUUACUUUAAAAAAUGCAAUCAACACCAUGGUUGAAAAACUUGACAAUGUGGCUUUUGAGUUGAUUCGAGUUGCUCGUGAAGUUGGUGAAGAAGGAAAAUUAGGAAUUCAAGCUAAAAAUCAAUAUUUAGAUGGUGACUGGAAAGAAAUGAUGAUACAUCUAAAUAUGAUGGCUAGUAAUCAUUCUGAACAAGUAAGAGAUAUUGCUGAAGUAUGUACGGCUGUAGCACAUGGUGAUUUAAGCAAAAAAAUUACCGUUGAAGUUAAAGGUGAAACCCUUGUACUAAAAAAUACUAUAAAUACUAUGGAAGUUACCCGUGUUGCUCAUGAAGUAGGUACAGAAGGGAAACUAGGGGUAAGGGCUCAAGUACAAGGUGUUGGUGGGACUUGGAAAUUGCUUACUGAUAAUGUAAAUACAAUGGCUGCAAAUUUAACAGCUCAAGUUCGUGAUAUUGCUGAUGUGUCGAAAGCUGUUGCUAGAGGAGAUCUUAGUAAAAAAAUAACUGUUAAUGUAAGAGGUGAAAUUUUGGAUUUAAAAAAUACCAUAAAUACUAUGGUUGAUCAGUUACAAACAUUCGCAACUGAAGUAACAAGGGUAUCACUUGAAGUAGGGACUGAAGGGAAAUUGGGUGGUCAAGCAAACAUUAAAAAUGUUGGUGGAAUAUGGAAAGAUCUUACCGACAAUGUGAAUCUAAUGGCAGCGAAUCUCACAACUCAAGUACGUUCUAUUGCUGAAGUUACGACUGCUGUAGCUCGUGGUGAUUUGUCCAGAAAAGUAAAAGUUCCUGUGCAAGGUGAAAUAUUAGAACUCAAAAAUACUAUAAAUUCUAUGGUUGAUCAACUUCGUAUGUUUGCUGCUGAGGUAACUAGAGUAGCUAGAGAAGUAGGUACUGAAGGUAUUCUGGGUGGUCAAGCUGUAGUUAAAGAUGUUGGUGGUACAUGGAAAGAGUUAACGGACAAUGUUAACACCAUGGCCGAAAAUCUCACUUCUCAAGUGCGUGACAUUGCUAAUGUUUCAAAAGCCGUUGCUCGUGGUGAUUUAAGUAAAAAAAUUACUGUUGAUGUCAGGGGUGAAGUCCUUGAUUUAAAGAAAACAAUAAAUACUAUGGUCGAUCAAUUGCAAAUAUUUGCCACCGAAGUAACAAGAGUCUCUUUGGAAGUAGGAACGGAGGGUAAAUUAGGUGGUCAAGCUGUUGUUAAAGACGUUGAUGGUACUUGGAAAGAAUUGACCGAUAAUGUAAAUAUAAUGGCAGCAAAUCUUACAACUCAAGUACGUUCUAUUGCGGAAGUUACGACUGCUGUAGCUCGUGGUGAUCUGAGUAAGAAAAUUAUCGUUGAUGUCAAAGGUGAAAUACUAGAACUCAAAAACACUGUAAAUUCUAUGGUUGAUCAACUUCGUAUGUUUGCUGCUGAGGUAACUAGAGUAGCCAGAGAAGUAGGUACUGAAGGUAUUCUGGGUGGUCAAGCCGAUGUUAAAGAUGUUGGAGGUACUUGGAAAGAAUUAACGAACAAUGUUAACACCAUGGCCGAAAAUCUCACUUCUCAAGUGCGUGACAUUGCUAAUGUUUCAAAAGCCGUUGCUCGUGGUGAUUUAAGUAAAAAAAUUACUGUUGAUGUCAGGGGUGAAGUCCUUGAUUUAAAGAAAACAAUAAAUACUAUGGUCGAUCAAUUGCAAAUAUUUGCCACCGAAGUAACAAGAGUCUCUUUGGAAGUAGGAACGGAGGGUAAAUUAGGUGGUCAAGCUGUUGUUAAAGACGUUGAUGGUACUUGGAAAGAAUUGACCGAUAAUGUAAAUAUAAUGGCGGCAAAUCUUACAACUCAAGUACGUUCUAUUGCGGAAGUUACAACUGCUGUAGCCCGCGGUGAUCUGAGCAAGAAAAUUACCGUUGAUGUCAAGGGUGAAAUACUAGAUCUUAAAAACACUGUAAAUUCUAUGGUUAAUCAACUCAAUACAUUUGCUGCUGAAGUAUCCAGAGUAGCUAGAGAAGUGGGCACUGAAGGAAGACUUGGUGGUCAAGCUGUAGUUAAAGAUGUGGGUGGUACUUGGAAAGAAUUAACAGACAACGUCAAUACUAUGGCGGAAAAUCUCACUUCUCAAGUGCGUGAUAUUGCAAAUGUUUCAAAAGCUGUUGCUCGUGGUGAUUUAAGUAAAAAAAUCACUGUUGAUGUUAGGGGGGAGGUCCUUGAAUUAAAGAAUACAAUUAAUACUAUGGUUGAUCAAUUAUCUACAUUUGCUGCUGAAGUAACAAGAGUAGCUAGAGAAGUGGGAACUGAAGGAAAAUUAGGUGUUCAAGCCCAAGUUAAGGAUGUAAGGGGAACUUGGAAAGAAAUCACAUCUAAUGUCAAUACCAUGGCAGCAAAUUUAACUUCUCAAGUACGUGCAUUUGCACAAAUUUCUGCUGCUGCAACUGACGGAGAUUUUACUCAAUUUAUUACUGUUGAUGCAUCUGGUGAAAUGGAUUCUCUUAAAACUAAAAUAAAUCAAAUGGUGUAUAAUUUAAGAGAAAGUAUUCAAAAAAAUACUGCUGCAAGAGAAGCAGCUGAAUUAGCUAAUAGAAGUAAGAGUGAGUUUUUGGCAAAUAUGUCACAUGAGAUUCGCACCCCUAUGAAUGGUAUUAUAGGGAUGACAACCUUGACACUUGAAACAGAGUUAACACGUCAACAACGUGAAAAUUUAACAAUAGUUAGUUCUUUAGCUAAUUCUUUAUUGACAAUUAUUGAUGAUAUUUUGGAUAUUUCAAAGAUUGAGGCUGGACGUAUGACAAUUGAACAAAUUUCAUUUUCACUUCGCUCUGCUGUAUUUGGUGUUUUAAAAACUCUUGCCAUUAAAGCAACUCAAAAGAAACUAGAUCUUAUAUAUGAUGUGAAUAAUGGUAUACCUGAUCAAUUGAUUGGUGAUCCCUUACGUUUGAGACAAGUCAUAACAAAUCUUAUAGGGAAUGCAAUGAAAUUUACAAAUGAAGGACAAGUGAUGCUUUCUGUAGAUACAUCAGAAACAGAAGGUGAUCAAGUACUUUUGACGUUCUGUGUAAAAGAUACUGGUAUAGGAAUUCAAGCAGACAAAAUUGGACUGAUUUUUGACACAUUUUGUCAAGCUGAUGGAUCUACAACAAGAAAAUAUGGGGGAACUGGAUUAGGACUUUCAAUAUCCAAACGUUUAGUUAACUUGAUGGGUGGUAAUUUAUGGGUCAAGAGUGAGUUUGGUAAAGGUUCUGAAUUCUUUUUCACAGUCAAAGUCACACCUGCUACAACAAAUCCAGAACAAAUUGAACAAAAAAUGUUACCAUGGCAAGGACGUUAUAUAUUAUUUAUUGAUACAUUACAUGACAAAACAGGAAUUGUUGGUAUGAUUGAAAAAUUAGGGCUUAAACCAAAAAUUGCAAACUCUGUUGAAGAAGCAGCUAUUAUCACAGCAUCUAGAAAAUCAGAUGUACCUUUGUUUGAUACAGUAAUAGUUGAUGAUUUAACUAUAGUUGAAAGGUUACGAAAAAUAACAUAUCUCAGGUAUAUUCCAAUUGUAUUAUUAGCACCUACAAUACCAGAACUAAAUAUGAAGAGUUGUAUAGAUCUUGGAAUUACUUCAUAUAGUAGUACACCAUCAACUUUACCUGAUUUGAUGAAUGCUUUAUUGCCUGCACUUGAAUCUAACUCUUCAAUACCAAGUGAUUGUACAAGACAACAGCCUUUGGAUAUUUUAAUGGCUGAAGAUAAUGUAGUAAAUCAAAAAUUAGCAGUAAAAAUUUUAGAGAAAUUUGGUCAUAAAGUAGAAAUAGUUGCUAAUGGACAAUUGGCUGUUGAAGCCUUUAAAUAUAAAAGAUAUGAUUUGAUCUUAAUGGAUGUUCAGAUGCCUAUAAUGGGUGGUUUUGAAGCAACACAAAAAAUUCGUGAUUAUGAAUCUCAAUAUGGUGGGAUGAACGAUCUCAUUGCAACAAUAAAUAAAUUUCCUCCUGUAAAAAAUCAAUAUGAAGAGUUACCGUCGCCUGAUGAGCGUAAUAAUGCUCUUCAAAUAUGUGAAAGUUGA